UGUCAUCGCCAUCGACACGGCGUGAAGAGGUGAAAGACAAAUAAUGUGCUUUCUCUCUCGUCUUCUCAUGAGCUCUCUCCUUUUUAUGUUGUACUAAUCUCAUUUCAUUUGACCGUCACGGGAUGCGAGUAAUCGCUGAGACGCUUAAGUGCCUUGAGUCGCGUAGCGUGCACCUUCUGGCCCUGAGGACAUAGCCUGCAUGCAUUAUCUGCACGCACUUUUAUUUUGUGGACUGCAGGUAACCCCAGCUCGCCCUGCUCUCUUCGCAUGGAUUUUUUUUCGUUCGCCAAAAAAUGCCACGAUUUGCUCAUCUACCGCCCGCCGGUAUUACCCCGAGCGCAAAGGAAAGGCGUACCUUCAAAGUCCUACUAUGUUGUUCAAUGUGGACUAACGGAGAUUUCGGAGGGAUUCAUCAACAAUGUGUGGAGUUUUGUGGCGAUGCGUCGAAUUAACCUUCAAGCUUCACGAUCGAUCCGCCGAAUAUCCUCCGAAGGACCUCACGGAGUCCAAGGACGACCAGCGAAGUUCGGGCUGGUUCUAACCAAACAUGGCACGAUGCGCUACAGGUGUAGACGCCGGCGAUGCACACGCUAAAGAUAGCAAUGGGCGCAUCAACUGUCAAAUGGUCAUAGGAAGUGCUUCUGGGUGUUCUCAUCAAGAGUGACCCUGGCUUUAACGUCACCAGGCUGGAGCAUCAUUAGCCGGCUCGCUUCCAUAUGACUGCCACGGCUCUAACUGGCGACGACGCAUAUAAACCAGCCCGGGGCAUCUUCGGACUACGGUCUCAUCCUCGUAUUUCCCUCCCGUGCGGUCAUUCAUGAUGGCUGCGAUCUUUUUCGCCGCUGUGCUUCUGCUCUCUGUAGAAAGCACUCGGGUCUCGGGUAGACAAGCUUCGAACCUUCAACGCAACGCCUUGCCGCAGGUAUUCCAGGUAGAUGACAUCCCACAUUCGUUGAAUGUCUCGUCGUGCCCAGGGUACACCUUGAGUGGUCUUGAAGAAACUAGGACCGGUUUAACGGCGCAUUUGAACCUUGCCGGAGCAGUGUGCAACGCGUUCGGUAAGGAUGUCGGCGAUCUGACGUUGGAAGUGACGUACGAUUCUGAAACAAGACUGCAUGUGAACAUUUUUGAUACUGCGAAUUCGCACUUCACAGUUCCGGAAUCAGUUGUUUCUCUGCCUUCCGUUCCACAGACCAUCCACAAGAACGAUUCUGACCUUGUCUUCAACUAUGAACCUUCUCCAUUCGCUUUCUGGGUCACUCGCCGAUCUGAGCCUGACGCUCAGCCGUUGUUCGAUACCCGCAAAUCUUCGCUGCCGAUGACCCCAAUUCCGCCUGUCAUUGCAACCGACAAUUCAACUGCUCUCGAUGGAUUCCCAAUCGUGUUCGAAGAUCAGUACUUGCAGUUAACAUCUGCCUUACCUCUUGAUGCCAAUGUAUAUGGUCUUGGUGAAGUUGUUGCGAGCAGCGGAUUCAGACGUGACGCCGGAACUAAUGGCGGCACUGGCACCAUUCAAACAAUGUGGGCAAGAGAUGACGCGGAUCCUAUUGACAGGAACAUCUACGGAUCUCAUCCGAUUUAUAUGGAACACCGGUUCGACUCAUCCACUCACACCUCGCAGUCUCAUGGCGUGUUUUUGUACAGCGCUUCUGGUUCAGAUAUUCUACUCCUCACUCCUCCAUCGUCUAACGUGUCUCUCAUUGAAUACCGCCUCCUCGGUGGCACACUUGAUUUUUACUUUUUCUCCGGUCCCUCGCCUCAGAAGGUUGUAGAGCAGUAUGGCGAACUCGUAGGACUACCUACUUGGCAACCCGCAUUCGGUUUCGGUUUCCACCUGUGCAGAUGGGGAUAUUUGAAUCUGAAUGAUACGAAAGAUCAAGUUGUCAAGAUGCGCGAGGCAAAUAUUCCUCUUGAGGUGAUGUGGAACGAUAUCGAUCUUUAUCAUGCUUUCCGAGACUUUACCUCCGAUCCGGUUUCCUUCCCUGCUGCGGAGAUGAAGACGUUCAUCGACGAACUGCACGCAAACUACCAGCAUUACAUUCCAAUUGUCGAUGCUGCGGUUGCCCAUCAAGUCAACGCUACUGAUAUUUACGAUCCUUAUACUCGAGGUGCGGAACUGGACGUAUUCAUCAAGAACCCCAAUGGGACAGAGUAUAUUGGACAAGUCUGGCCGGGUUAUACGGUCUUCCCCGACUGGUUCGCUAAAGAUACUCAACAAUACUGGACCGAGGCCCUUCGUAACUGGUCUCAAAGCGGCAUCGACUUCUCCGGCGUCUGGCUCGAUAUGAACGAAGCUUCGUCGUUUUGCGAAGGUUCAUGCGGCACUGAUGCGAACUUGUCGAAUACGAGUCCUCCUUUCUUAUUGCCAGGGGACCCGGGGAUGCCCAUUACGGACUAUCCUGAAGGGUACAACUCGACGAUCUCGGGCCCCAGUGGGAACAUUACCGUCAACGGCACAUUGACGUUCGGUGCUGAUGGUUCAACUUCGUCCUCGCUCUCCAAACGCGGCAUCGGCGCUGGAAGACAGACCGGUAUCAAUCUCAACGUGCCUCCUUACACGAUCCACAAUGGUUUCGGUCCCCUUUCUGUCCAUACUAUAGCCACCAAUGCCACCCAUGCAGGUGACUUCGUCGAACUCGACGUUCACAAUAUGUGGGGUCUCAUGGAAGAAAAAGCCACACACCUCGCACUUCUCAAGAUUCAACCCAAGAAACGUCCUUUCCUCAUCAGUCGUUCCACUUUCCCCAGUACCGGGAAAUGGUCAGGACAUUGGCUUGGCGAUAAUUUCAGCAAGUGGCAGUACAUGUACUUUAGUAUCCAGGGCGUUCUUCAGUUCCAACUCUUCCAGAUUCCGAUGGUUGGUGCUGAUACGUGCGGGUUCCAAGGCAAUACCGAUGAAGAGUUGUGUAAUCGUUGGAUGCAGCUGUCGGCUUUCGUGCCCUUCUAUCGAAACCACAACCAGAGAGGAGCUCUUUCGCAGGAACCAUAUCGUUGGGAUAGCGUUGCAAAUGCUACUCGUACUGCCAUCGCAGUAAGGUAUGCUCUUCUGCCGUACUGGUAUACCUUGUUCGCCAACUCCUCCCUAUUUGGAGCUCCACCUGUCAGGGCUCUGUUCUUUGAGUUCCCAGACGAGCCCGAGCUCUUCGCUGUUGAUAGACAAUACUUGAUUGGCCGAGACGUCCUUGUAACACCAGUGUUGACUCCGAACGUUUCCACAGUCGAUGGAAUAUUCCCUGGACGUGGCCUAGUGACCUGGCGUGACUGGUAUACACACGACGUCGUCAACGCGUCGAUUGGAACGAACACAACUCUUCCUGCACCUCUCGGACACAUCAACGUUCACGUGAGGGACGGAUCUGCUAUCCUACUUCAUUCUAAACCCGCCUACACUAUCGAAGAAACCCGACAAGGUCCUUUCUCCCUUCUUGUUUCGCAAGCUGCAGAUGGAUACGCAUUUGGUACUGCUUACGUUGAUGACGGCGAGACCGUCCCUCCCACGCCAAAUGCCACUUUGACUUUCAAAGCACGUAAAGGAGCGCUCAGCAUCGACACCCAUGGCUCGUUCAAGAUAGCCCAGAAACUGGAUACCAUCACCAUACUUGGGACGGAGAAGCCGACGCGGGUUAGCGUGGAUGGUAAGGUGGUAAAAAGUUGGCAGUAUCUCGAUACGAAACAAAAGCUCAGCAUUGGUGAUCUCUCUGUGGAUCUCAAUGGAGCCGUGUCAAUUGCAUGGAACUGAUGUAAUUUGGAAUACUUUUCUGAUUAUCUAUUGAAAUUGGAGAGGUCUUCCCUUACUACAAAUUGAGCCUCCGUUCAGUUUUUGUCAUAGAGUAAGCGACUAGCUUGUUCUGCUUUACACACGUUUUUCGAGCCUUGAGGGCUGUCAAGAUGUGCGGAUGGCCAUUUGUAGACUGCUCUACCAACAGGACAGCUUUGUUAGACCCCAACGCGGAACGGAAUACAAAAAUACCAUAUACGGACUCCCGCGUC